AAGCAUCGAUAAGUGGUGGCUACUUGCAACUCUAUUUUAUCGAUAACAGAGUUGCUCAGCCGUGCCGUUGAAUUUCGUGUUUUGUUCAUUCAAAGGGCAAAAUUGCACAAUAAUUUGAUUUAAUUGAAACAAAAAAGCUUAAAUAAAUAAUGGCUGCUCAGUUCUUCAAUCGCAUUGGCCAAAUGGGCCUCGGAGUGGCCGUGUUGGGUGGCGUUAUCAAUUCGGCGUUAUAUAAUGUGGAGGGCGGCCACCGGGCGGUCAUCUUUGAUCGCUUCACCGGCAUCAAGGAGAACGUGGUCGGCGAGGGCACCCACUUCUUCAUCCCGUGGGUGCAGCGGCCCAUCAUCUUCGACAUCCGCUCGCAGCCCCGCAAUGUGCCUGUGAUCACGGGCAGCAAGGAUCUGCAGAAUGUCAACAUCACGCUGCGCAUCCUGUACCGUCCCAUUCCCGACCAGCUGCCCAAGAUCUACACGAUCCUCGGCCAGGACUACGACGAGCGCGUCCUGCCCUCCAUCGCACCCGAGGUGCUGAAGGCUGUGGUCGCCCAAUUCGAUGCCGGCGAGCUGAUCACCCAGCGUGAGAUGGUGUCGCAACGUGUGUCCCAGGAGUUGACCCUGCGCGCCAAGCAGUUCGGCUUCAUUCUGGACGACAUCUCGCUCACGCACUUGACCUUUGGACGGGAAUUCACGCUGGCCGUUGAGAUGAAGCAGGUGGCCCAGCAGGAGGCCGAGAAGGCGCGUUUCGUCGUGGAGAAGGCCGAACAGCAGAAGCUGGCCUCGAUCAUUUCCGCGGAGGGUGAUGCCGAAGCCGCUGGUCUGCUGGCCAAGUCGUUCGGCGAGGCCGGAGACGGUCUGGUGGAGCUGCGUCGUAUUGAGGCCGCCGAGGAUAUCGCCUACCAGCUAUCCAGGUCUCGCGGCGUCGCCUACUUGCCCAGCGGACAGAGCACGCUGCUCAAUCUGCCAUCCACCAUCGCGCAGUAGUUGGGUGCAUCUAGUUCUGUUAAGUUGUAACUACCUAUAGCAUUUACUAAGUACUUUUCGAUUUUGUUUCUGCUGAAAUAUGCACUACUCUAAUGCGUUCGCCCGACUGACUGGAGAAUAUGAAGCGAAACAACCAAAAUUUGUCUCAUGUAAUCGGUUUUUCCAUUAUCUUCCCGAUCGGGUUCAAAAUCCGGUCGCAGUGCGUGCCUCGGACGCGGCUCAACUUUUGUUGUUUCCGUUUGGGUCGUUCCUACGCGCGUUCCUGCCGUAUUGGUGCCUAAGAUCUGCAUCUGGCUAAAACAACCCCAGUAAUCAAAGAAACAUAGACCAUAAACAAAUUUCACUAUGAGAAAAAAACAAUAAACAAUAAAUCUUA